AUGUCAACAAAGCGUUACUUUGAUAAUCAUUUUGAAGACUUUGGUCCAUCGGAUGGUGUUUUGGACGCAACCGGUGAUGGACUCAAUGGUCGAGUCAAAGAGGAUUUGAUGAAAAACUUGACAAAACUGUUGCAAUACUUGGAGACAAAUGUGAACAAAACCAUUGAUUCAAAUGAUUACAGUGUUUAUACGGGAAGUACUGGAUAUGCUUUACUGUAUCUUCAUUUGUCUCUCGUCUUCAAUGACCACAAACUCUUAGACAAAGCCAUCGCUUAUAUCGAUCCCACUCUUAAGCGAUUACGUCUGAAAAGAGAUGACAUUUCCUUUCUUUUGGGCGAUUCCGGAGUCUUAAGCAUCGCAUCAGUUAUUCACGACAUGAAUGGUAAUCAAAAUGAAGGCAACAAAUCAUUGAAUGUUUUAAAAUCAAUGGUUAAGUAUUGCACUGAUAUUGACACCAAAACUCCGGAUGAACUGCUUUACGGAAGAUCUGGUUUUCUCUAUUCAUUACUUUUUGUCCGAAAAUUUAUCUCAAAUUCUGAUCAAAUCAUUGAAAACAAUGACAUCAGAGCUGUUGUCGACGCUAUCAUCAGAUCCGGUCAGAAGACGGCCAAAAAAGACAAGACGAGUGAGAGGUGUCCUCUCAUAGCUGUUGUCGACGCUAUCAUCAGAUCCGGUCAGAAGACGGCCAAAAAAGACAAGACGAGUGAGAGGUGUCCUCUCAUGUAUUACUGGUACAAAACCCCAUAUCUUGGAGCAGCGCAUGGAUUGAUGGGAAUUAUGUCUCUUCUAUUGGAAGCCAAGAGUUAUCUGACGGACGAAGAGUUACACAAAUGCGUGAAACCGACCAUUGAUUACAUUUUAUCGCUUCGACUCUCUUCGGGGAAUUAUCCGUCGGGUUUGGAUGACAUGUCAGAUGUAUUAGUCCACUGGUGUCACGGAAGUCCCGGUGCCGUCCAUUUGUUUGCUUUGGCGUAUCAGGUGUUCAAAGAAGAACGGUAUCUGAUGGCAGCCAAAGACUGUUGUGAAUGCAUUUGGAAGAGAGGUCUUCUCCGGAAAGGUUAUGGCUUAUGUCACGGGACGGCCGGAAAUGGUUACGCCUUCUUAAGACUGUAUCAGUUGACUGGAGAGGAGAAGUAUGUGUUCAGAGCCGUGAAGUUCGGGCAGUGGUGUUGUGCUUAUGGAGAGCACGGCUGCCGUACACCCGACCGACCCUUCUCUAUGUUUGAAGGACUCGCAGGAACUCUGUAUUAUUUGACGGAUUUAUUACAACCCAAGAACAGCCGUUUCCCCGCUUAUCAGUUGACUAAUUGAAUACAUUAACUAAAAGCC